CACCGACCAGAUCAACUGAACGACCACGUUUCUCAUUCUCGUCCGAUUUACAAUUCGUCUAAUUGUUAUUUCGUAUCUAACGUUCCACUAUGAUCGGAUCGAAGCCCGGUAUCGUGUUGUCACUUGGAAGCUUGGGCUUUGUGUUGGGGGUGUCUUUACUCGGACUAGGAGCUACUGCAAGUGAACAUCAUAGACGCUACACUGCCAACUUCUCUUUGAGUGACUCGAUGUAUUGGACGUGUAUUCCGGCAAUGUUGGCUGCUAGUGGAUUUUUGCUAAUCUCUUUAUCAGUAUGGACAAUAAAGAAAGGAAGAGUUUCAAAGAAGAUUGCAAUUGCAUCAAUCGUGGUGGUGAUUGGAAUGGUGGUGCUACUUAUUGCUGCGUUCGUUCACACGGGAAUGGUACUAAUGGAUUUAGAAACAACAAUGCUCAAUUCCAUGCUGAAAUACAAUCAAGACAACAAGAUCACAAUAGAAUGGGACAACAUUCAAGACAAAUUUCCAAAGUGUUGUGGAACGCACGGACCCAACGACUGGAAGAUAAUUCCCAUUGACCCUCUUCCGGUCAGCUGCUGCACUUGGAGGAUUCCAAACUGCACUCACCUCGAUUCCCCUUACUUGCGAAAAACAGGUUGCUAUGAGAACGUAGUGCGCGUUUACGACUUGUGGGAAGCUACUGCCGGACUGGCAGCGGCAUUAGUUGUUUAUCAGGCAAUCUUUGUGGGAGUUGGUGUUUGGAUAGAUCGACGAGAGUAGAACUGACACUAGCUAUUUAUGGCAAGUUGAUGUCAACUGAUGACGCGCAUACAUUGUACUCGCUCUAAAGCCAUCAUUCGUCUAUCAAGAUCGGGAAAUGACACUCAAUUAGUCAGGUUAUUAACGAUUACAGCAUCCAGCAUGGUAUUUUACACCAGUCGUUGUAUCCGUCAAUAAUUCUACGAAGAAAUGUUGAUAGCAAAACAGUUGGCUGGCACAGAGUGUGAGCAUUCAGGUAACAACAUCAUGUUGUGUACGUCUGUAU